ACAACCAGGUAUCUGCUUGGAACCCAGCCACCAUAAAGCCUCCUAUCUAAAAAAAACUUCCCAUCUCUCAGUUCAUUCAGCUCAGACCCCUGUCUCAUUUCACCUGUGACUCCGCUUGGAAAGUACAGCAGUUACAAAGCAGCCAUUGCAAUUAUCUCAGCGCAUUGAAUUCCGCGUCUUUUAGUGAAGAAAAUAACUGAACAUAGUUUUCUUCUGAAGACACAAGGUCCAAAAGCCGACUGCAGACCUCUUAGGUUGAUCUCUUGGAAAUGGAAAAACGGACCUUUGCAAACGCUACGUUUACGAUGAGAAACGCCGUGAGUCGAUGUUUAUUCUAUGGGUCCUUGACAUUUGGGAUCUGGACAGCUCUAUUAUUCAUAUAUUUGCACCAUAAUCAUGUGAGCACCAAGCAGAAGGAAAGCCAUGAGCCUCUGUCAGCUUGGUCCCCUGGAAAAAAAGUACAUCAGCAAAUUAUCUAUGACUCAGAGCAAAUACCAAUACCACAUGUAAUAGUCGAAAUCACUGAUAAAGAUAAAGCAAAUUCUGUGUUGGGUAAGAUUUUAACUAUACAAACAGAGAACUUCGUGAAGGUUUUUCAAAAUAUGGAUUUAAUAUAUUUAUCAGUAGAAGCUUGGGCAUCGAGAGAGAAGUGCCAGAUACCAGGAGUAAAAUGGGACAUUCUGGUGUUCCUGGACAGCCACUGUGAGGUGAACAGAGUAUGGCUGGAGCCCCUGCUGCAUGCCAUUGCCAAGGACCCCAAAAUGGUGGUGUGCCCCGUGAUAGAUGUCAUUGAUUAUAGAACCCUGAAGUAUAAGCCCUUUCCUGUUGUAAGGGGAGCUUUUGACUGGAACCUACAAUUUAAAUGGGAUAAUGUUUUAUCUUAUGAGAUGGAUGGACCAGAAGGACCUACUAAACCAAUCCGGUCACCUGCAAUGGCUGGAGGAAUUUUUGCUAUACGUCGGCAUUAUUUUAAUGAAAUUGGACAGUAUGACAAGGAUAUGGAUUUUUGGGGAGGAGAAAAUUUGGAACUUUCACUAAGGAUCUGGAUGUGUGGAGGCCAACUCUUUAUAAUCCCCUGCUCUCGCGUAGGACAUAUCAGUAAGAAACAAACUGGAAAAGCUUCUACGCUCAUCAGUGCUGUGACACGUAACUACCUGAGACUGGUGCACGUUUGGCUGGAUGAAUAUAAGGAGCAGUUUUUCCUUCGAAAACCUGGUCUGAAAUAUAUGACCUAUGGAAACAUUAGUGAGCGUGUUGAGUUAAGGAAACGACUGGGCUGCCAAUCAUUUCAGUGGUAUUUGGAUAAUGUCUUCCCAGAGCUGGAGGCAUCGGUGGGCAGCUCGUGAAAGGAAAACAAAUCACUAUCGUCAAUAAAGGGUUAAAAGUCUCCUGUUC